GUAGCCCAUCGCGUCCCUGUUCUGUUUUCACCAUGAGCUCCAUCGGCACCGGGUAUGACCUGUCAGCCUCUACAUUUUCACCUGAUGGAAGAGUUUUUCAAGUUGAAUAUGCUAUGAAGGCUGUGGAAAAUAGCAGUACUGCUAUUGGGAUCAGGUGUAAAGAUGGUGUUGUCUUUGGGGUAGAAAAAUUAGUCCUUUCAAAACUUUAUGAAGAAGGUUCCAAUAAACGACUUUUUAAUGUUGAUCGGCAUGUUGGAAUGGCAGUAGCAGGCUUGUUGGCAGAUGCUCGCUCUUUAGCAGACAUAGCAAGAGAAGAAGCUUCGAACUUUAGAUCAAACUUCGGCUAUAACAUUCCACUAAAACAUCUUGCAGACAGAGUGGCCAUGUAUGUACAUGCAUAUACACUGUACAGUGCUGUCAGACCUUUUGGCUGCAGUGGGAAUGAUGGUGCACAACUCUACAUGAUUGACCCCUCAGGUGUUUCAUAUGGCUACUGGGGCUGUGCUAUUGGUAAAGCCAGGCAAGCUGCAAAGACAGAGAUUGAAAAGCUUCAGAUGAAAGAAAUGACUUGCCGUGAUGUUGUGAAAGAAGUUGCAAAAAUAAUUUACAUAGUACAUGAUGAAGUUAAGGACAAAGCUUUUGAACUAGAGCUCAGCUGGGUUGGUGAAUUAACUAAAGGAAGACAUGAAAUUGUACCAAAAGAUAUAAGAGAAGAAGCAGAGAAAUAUGCUAAGGAAUCCUUGAAGGAAGAAGACGAAUCAGAUGAUGACAAUAUGUAACAUUUAUUUCACUAUGUAUUCUAUUUGUAAUUUCUAUUACACUCAGAUGUAUAGUUAUUCCUGUGGAUUAUUACAUACCUUCUGACCCAAUUUUCAUUAAACUUUUUUUUUCUCUUAUAAC